AUGAAAAAAGUGUUUUGGCAGACCAUCAGCGAGUCGCACGCCGUGGAUUUCAGACUUCCCAGGACACUAACGGGUCAAUACGCAUCAGGUGCGGAGAAGAAUGAAUCCGAUCUGCCCGCACUGUUCCUUGCCAACACCACAUCAUGGCAAUUGAGGCUACCAAUCCACUGCUUGAAGCUAUUCGAAUCGACGGAAGUAAACAAUCGAGGCGAGAUCACCGCGUUCAGAGAAAGGGAGCAUAGAAUCAAAACGUCCAUGUCUUCAGGGCCCGAAGGAAGUCCCUCCAGCGCCGCGCGAAGAGGUCGACCACGACGCCAGUACAAGUGCGCGCACUGCUCGAAAGCCUUCAAGCGCAGCGAGCACUGCAUUCGUCACGAGAGAACCCACACGCACGAGAAGCCUUACGUGUGUCGAUACUGUCACAAGUCAUACGCGAGGAAGGACCUUGUUACGAGACACGAGCGCACUCUGCAUGCGAAGGAGCAAGCAAAAGAAAAGAUUGGAGAUGUGGUGACAGUAGCAUGCGCGCCACUGGCGCAAGCAACAGUGUUCUCCCCGUCGAAAGGCGAUGACUACAUGAACAUAGACCAAGAGGAAGACGAAAGAUCCGGCCAGGAAUCUCCAGACUCGCAGUCGCCAGUCGAUGGCGUCGCUUCUUCCACAACAUCACCAUGUUCCAGUCAACGGCGCCGAGCCAACUCACGACGGAAGUCAUACUCUCGGCAAGCAGCCGAUCCCGACAUCGAACUUGAACGAAUGUUGAUGUCGUUUCAGCCAUUAACUGACCAAUCCUUCGAGACGCGCAGGGAUCCAAGUACUCUUAACCGAGCCACCGAAAGUCGUCCCGCAGACAUAUUCCAGCAUGAUGCUCAACAGGAAGGAAACUUGCUGCAGCUUCAGUACUUCCACGACGUCGAUCCAGUUGAAGAGUUGCCACCGCUAGACCCAGCGUUAUUCAUGAACAUGGAUCUUCCCUUUGAAAGUAUUGCAAUGGAGAUGCCAAGUGAAUAUCCAACAGAAAACGGGCUUGAGACUGGCGCUUUACGAGAACAACCCCCUCGUCAACCACAAAAUCCACCGGAGAAGAGCGGUGCUGCUGAUCCAUCCACGGAAAACGACGAGCUCUUUUCACCGAGAACACUGGCCCAUCUCGGCAUGGGCGCAUUUGACCUCUCGCCCAUACCAGGUGACACUGCGGAGCAGAGAGAUGAUCGAAGACGAAUUCCACGCCAUCCCAAUACUGAAGACCCUUCAAGCGGAGCCCCCCCUGGAUGGGCUAGCUGCCAAAUACCCUCGGCUAGCAGCGAUCUCCCUUCUCUACUCGAAGACGGGCGUCAACAAUAUCCGACCGUGACCUUUGACGAAGAGACGUGUGCGUAUCUUCGCAAAGACAUGUCUUCGCGGCUGAGAAUAGCAGCUGGAGACUUCCAACUGCCCACCGCCAAAACGUUGCAGGGCUUCCUAUCUGCUUACAUGACGAGUUUUCAUAGCCACUUUCCGAUCAUUCAUAUGCAAACUUUUGAUUUGGCACACACUCCGGGCCCCUUGGUGCUUUCCAUCUGUUCCAUCGGCGCUCUCUAUCGCCUAGACCGACGUCGGGCGCGUCAUCUUUAUGACUUGUCAAUCCGCAGUGUGGAACAGGUGCCUCAACCAACCAAGGACGAUUCCAAAUCCAUGGUAAAGGACUACUUCCUUUGGUUUGUGCAAGCGAAAAUUCUUCUUAGCUUUUACGCAGUCAUGAGCGGGGAGAAGGAUCUCGUUGACGCAACGAUGAAGGACAAUGGCUUCUACACCUUGAUGACGUGGCACACGUGGAUAGAGCUAGAGUCGUGGAAGCGCGCGCUGGGGGGCAUCUUCAUAGAGAGUACCCUCACUAUGGUGAUCUACGACGUCAAUCCUGGAUUUCAUGCGACCCAAGAUCUGGAUAUCGAAGCGUAUCAAGAUGAAAAGAUGUGGAACGCGAGGUCACCUGCAGAGUGGCGAGAGCUUCGGACAGCUGCCUCGAAAAGCUCGCCAUACAGUCGACGACACACAAUCAAAGAUGUACUUGUUGACAUUCUACUUGAAGGAAGGUAUCAUGCCGACACGGUACCGUACCGCGUGUCGACCUUUACUGCCCUCGUCUUGACCCAUGCGGUCGUCGUUCACAUGUGGCAGAGAUUACAAGUCUGCCAGGCCCUCGCUUCAACAUGUCCGAUUGCAAGGAAUGAUAUUGGUGAUGAACAAGACCCUCUGAGAGCUUCGCUCCUCAACGGUGCUAUGCAGUCGUUGGCUCGGUGCGAUGCUUUUCUCCAAGGCGUCAGGAGCGAGUUACGACAACCACGUCCAGAAGAAGACGAGAAGGACAAAGAAAUCUCGCUUGUAUUCAACUGCCAGGCAGUCUUGCGCAUAGCCUACACAAAGCUGUCGAAAAUAUCCACCACUCCCUGUCGAAUCAGCUUGUUGAGCCUUGAGGAUAGGGACGUAGGGUCAUGCGUGUCAUCAUUCAUUAUGGGCAGGAUGGAACGAAGCUCCCACAUUCUCAAGAUGGUUUCGAAGGCCUUCGAAGGCAUGGUUGUUCCAGUCAAGAUAGGGCAUCUUCUGGUCCGGAAGACUGCCGCUUUUCGAUGGAGUGUUGAGCAUGCUGUGGCAGGGUGGACGGGUGCUCUUCUAGUAUCAAAAUGGGCUCAGUCCAUAGAACAGGACAAGAUAGCCGGGAUGCAGCCAAUUCAGAGCGAGCUGGAGCUAUUAGCCUUGAUCAGAGAGACUCUAGAUGAGGCCGAGUGCGAUAUCGGGGAGGGCACGACUCUUGCUGCCGGAAUCGCCAGGAUGUGGGGCUGGUUUCUGUCAGACGUCUGGGUGUGGGGCAUUACGCCACGGAUGGGAGGAAUACUGAGCCAACUGGCCGAUGCGUAUCAAGACGCGUAUGAUGCCAGCUGCCGUAAACCUACCGGCGUGACGUACAACGCGGAAAAGACGGGUGGAAGUUUACAACAAAUCUCUUUGUUGCAAAACGUGGAUCUAGAUGCAGAGAUUCUCCACAUGUUGCGAUGUACAUUCACGGUGGCAUCAGGAAGUGUGGCGUCUGAGUUGACCAUCCUCGGCGGAUCGAAGGGAAUACAUUUGUAUCUAGAUGCGUUCUCAGAAGCUUCGAUACAGAUCAGUCGCGGAGGUCCUGAAUCCCAGCUAAGUCCUGAAGUUUGGCACGGAGACGCAGGAUUGGGCCAUACAGCUACCCCGCAAGUACCGGUCUAUCGCCGCCUGAAUUUUGCCCUUAAAGAUCUGGAGUCGAAAGCACGGGGGGAGGUCCAAGUCUCCGCUCUCAGAGGCGGCGAGUUCACCCUCCCCAAGCGGUUCUUCGUCGCGGGGGUGUCUGAGGACGAGACCUCGCUUGUGCCAUCACUCUCUUUCCUCAUCUCGCAGAAUUCAUUCGAAGGGGGUCAUCGACGCAUUCUUUACGAUCUGGGCUUGAGACGGGAUAUUGGUCGCUAUUCUACGCCGAUACAAAACCACACAAAGAAUCGUCAGCCGAUGACCUUAUUACCGGACGUCCGACAGAGCCUGAUCGAUGGAGGUCUUGAUGUGGCAGCUAUCGACGAAGUUAUACUCAGCCACGUCCACUGGGACCAUAUUGGAACUCCUUCCGACUUUCCCAAUGCUCGCUUUCGAGUUGGUCAAGGAUCGCUUGAAUUGCUUAGCCAGGGGAUGAAUGGGCAUAUGUCUCUGUCGGAUUGGAAGUCCAAUUCGACCGCGGCAUACAGCCGACUGCGCAGGGGCCAAUUGGGGGCCCUAUUUACGAUUAUCGUAGCUAGCCCAACCUACGGUUAG